UAGUUCUCUUUCUGACAUCGGAAAUCGGUGCCUAUUUGUUUACCUUAGUCGCACAGAUCAUGAGAAUCCGGAGCAACCCAAUGCCCAGCCGGCUGGUGGACAUCAUGUGCUUCCUCAUUAUUGGGGUCUUUCUCCCGGUGGUGUUUAUGUUCGAGAUUGUGGUGGUGCUGCCCGCCUUCCAUGAACCGGGUGGCUUCUUCCACACUUUCACCUUUCUUAUGGCCAUGUUCCUGGUGUUUAAUAUCAAGGGAAACAUGAUUGCCUGCAUGAUGAUUGACACAAGUGUGAAUGUGAAAAAGGUGGACCCCCCAUCGGAUCAGUUGAACUGGCGGGAGUGCGGCGAGUGCCAGAAGCUAGCACCACCCAGAUCUUGGCACUGCAAGACCUGCAAGGUGUGCAUUCUGAAGCGGGAUCACCACUGCAUUUAUACCGGCUGCUGUAUUGGUCUCAGAAACCACCGCUUCUUCAUGGGCUUCAUAUUCUAUCUCUUUGUGGGAUCAGUUUACGCACUGGUGUACAACUCCAUAUACAUGUGGGUCAUCCACGGCCACAUCUACAGCAACUGGCUGACGGUGCUUAAACUCGCCUGCCCCAUGUUACACAUGGUAACGGGCAGUUUUUGGAGCAACAUGUACCUGGUCUUCUACAGCUUAAAUAUUUUAGCUCUGGCUUAUGGAGUCCUCCUCCUGGCCUACCAUGUGCCCAUUGUUUUAAGGGGCGGUGUUUCCGCCGAUCGCACUAAGGAGAGAAAAGAAAAGUACGACAGAGGAGUGUAUCAAAAUCUAAGGAGCGUUUUUGGAAACCGCAUGCACUUAGCGUGGCUGUCCCCACUGAUUCGCAGCGAUCUGCCGGAUGACGGAUACCACUGGAAUGUCCCUACGAACAAACCAGACUAAGACUGAUUAGGAUCUAGGAUAUUUUUUUUUUUAAAUGGUCAUUCUAUUUAUUAAGGUUUCAAAAGGAAUCGUUCAGUAAUU